AUGCGGAGCCUCCUCCUCGCCCUCGUGCUCGUCCCGCUGCUGCGGCUCGGGGCCGGGGACGCCGCCGUCAUCACCGGGGCUUGCGACAGGGAUCUCCAGUGCGGGGGAGGCAUGUGCUGCGCCGUGAGCCUCUGGAUUCGGAGUUUGCGAAUGUGCACACCGAUGGGCAGCUUGGGAGAGGAGUGUCAUCCCCUGAGUCAUAAAAUCCCAUUUUUCGGGAGGAGGAUGCAUCACACCUGUCCGUGUCUGCCUAACUUGGCCUGCGUGCGGAUAUCUCCGAGCAGAUUCAAAUGUUUACCAGAGUUCAGAAAUGAAGACGUCUUCUUUUAGCAGGAACCGUUCUUAGUGGCCAUUUGAUGUACUAUUUAUUUCUCUUGUUAUUGUGAUGAACAAGCUAUUUGCCAGAGAAAAAUCUCUAGCAUACUUUUGCACCUCGUAAACAUUAAAAACAAACACUGAGGUACUGUAUUAUAGCAGGCAAGAUUUUGAAAAGGACCUUGUCACUUGAAAAAUCUUGGCCAAUCUUUUUAUACUACAGUAAAAUUGAUUUCAACAAUGGAAGGUAAUACUGGAAAAUAAAUUUAGGCAUAAAACAAAUAGCAAAAGAAUGGUAUUUAGGUUUCUUUUGGGUACCUUUAUAAUUAUAACAGUACUUGUAGGUUAGUAGCAUCAGUACGUUAAAAGUUUAACCAAUAUCUGUAGUCUUUACAUGUUUUAAAAGUGGCACAUUAAACCAAAGCAUUUAAGCAUAAAAAGUGUUGAAAGAUUCUAUGUUGCUUUAAUAUUUAAAAAGAGAAAUGAGUUCUUGUAAAUUUUUUCUGGCACAAAGUGAGCUGCUUAUUUGAAACCAUGUAUUGAAAUGCAGUUUAUAUUUCAAAUGAACCCCUAAAGUAUAUUGUAAUGCUCUGCCUGACUUCUUGUCAUGUAUAUGUAUUAAGAUUGCUGUGACAAAAUUCUGUAUCAGAAUAAUGGCAGUAUAUCAUCUAUUUUAAUAUUAUAUCAU